GUAGGGGAAGUCGGUGGGAACGCAAAAUUGGGUUGUGUGCAAUUCGCGGAGCGCUUUCGCGAGCGAAACCGGACGUCCGACGAGAAUGGAAUUAUCGUGCGGCGACAAUGAACCGCGUUACAAGUCGCGGCCGCGAACCUGUAAUUUCCUGUAAUUUCCUAGGUUUGUCAACCGUAGCGUCGAGAACGAGAACGGCCGGCGCGGUUCCGAGGCGGCUUGUUCUCUGACGAUCGUUUUCGGAUAAACGGUCGUCUUUCCGCGGACAGCUCUCCUCUUCCCGGCAAGAAACGGAGAAUCCGCGCGAGGCGAUCGCGAGUCAUUUGGCGAGCUGCUCGCGCCGACGAUGAGUCAGAUGAACGGGCGGACGAGUCGCGCUAUCAGCCGUACGAGCGGUCCCGUCAGCUGAUCGUUAUUAAACAACGAGAUGUGAGGUAGCGCGAGCAGAUUCUUCUCUAGUCGAGCGUACGCAUCACGAUUUCGAUUAUUCGCGGCCUGAUUCCUCCGCAUGCAUUAAGUGACUUGAGUGUGACUGCGCCGAGUGUAAGAGCAGGGGCACUGGCCGGUUAUAGUUAUUGAAAUUUACAUGGCAACAUGGGGAACAAGAAUAGCUGCUGCGUAUACUCCAGUCCACAAGUCGGACGCAAGGAGAUCGGGCCCGAGAGUGCCACGCGCAAUCUGGAGGAACACUUGCCGGAGGGCGGGAUCAGCGUUAAUAAUUUGCAACAUAUCAGUGAACGUGAACCGGAAGAUUGGGACUCCGAUCCGUCAUUGCAUCCGUGCGCGGGAACUAUUUUUAUGGAACGUUCGAAACAAGCUAUAGAAAACGGCAUGGUGAGAAAAAAGAGCCAACAUCAGAUAGCGGAUACAAGGCCUUUGAAGAAGAGUAGUAGCUGCAGUACAAUAUAUCUAGACGACAGCACAGUUUCACAACCUAAUUUGAAAAAUACCGUCAAAUGCGUUGCCUUAGCUGUUUAUUACCAUAUUAAGAAUAGAACUUCACAGCGACAAAUUGAUAUAUUUGAUGAAAAGUUACAUCCAUUGACGAGAGAUGGUGUUGCAGAGGAUUAUGACAAACACAAUCCAGAACACAAACAAAUAUAUAAAUUUAUAAGGACUCUGUUUAACGCCGCUCAGCUUACAGCUGAAUGUGCCAUCAUAACACUGGUUUAUCUCGAACGCCUACUUACUUAUGCAGAGAUUGAUAUAACGCCAGCUAAUUGGAAACGAAUAGUGCUAGGUGCUAUUUUAUUAGCAUCUAAAGUUUGGGACGAUCAGGCAGUAUGGAAUGUAGAUUAUUGUCAAAUACUGAAAGAUAUCACAGUGGAAGAUAUGAACGAAUUAGAGAGACAAUUUCUGGAGAUGCUGCAAUUCAAUAUAAAUGUUCCUUCAAGUGUAUAUGCCAAAUAUUAUUUUGAUCUUCGUACACUUGCAGAAGCGAACGAAUUAACAUUCCCUAGCGAACCUCUUAGUAAAGAAAAGGCGCAGAAGCUAGAAGCUAUGUCCAGAGUUUACGAAGAUAAGGUUACAGCCGAAGCUCUACGUACUGGUAUUAAGAAAUGGUCCAGUUUAGACAAUGUAUGCAUAGGUGGACCUAGACGUAGCAUUGCUAUUUUAUCUUAAAUAUAAUAAAUAGAUAUACAUGUGGAUAUCUCAACAUAAACACAUGAUUAAUGUUCAGAUUUUAAAGUGUCUCCUAGUUAUAAGACUGUCGUUCAGGAUCGGCCAUUAACUUAAAUGGAGUACGGAUCUUUUAUAUCUUCCAGGAAAUUAUUUUAUAAAUCUUGCUAAAUCAACAGCUCGUGAAGCUCUGGAAGAGUAAGUGAGAUAAAACGAUAUUUCACAUUGUCGCCUAUUUUAUCUUGCGACAUCGGAUAUGAUUCGAUUACGCUCGCGAAAGAGAAGUAAUCGCAAUCUUACGAAAAUCGGUCUUAUAACCGGAAGAUGCUCUUUGUAUAUAUGUACUCUAAAAUUUAGAUAUCUCUCAAUUCCUUGUAACUUCCAAUGCGUUAUUCUUAUUAUCUAUACAUUCGAGAAUCGAAAGACAUUUCAAUAGAAAACAAGUUUCAUAUUUAUUGGCCUUUUUUUGUUCUUAAUUUUUGAUCGCUUCGAUUAAUCGUGUUAUACUGUUAAUUAUGAAAAAUGAAUUAUUAUAAUCUUGUUUGUCAUAUAUUGAGGAAUAUAUUUGCUUAUGCAAAGAUUUUACUGUCUGGGACCUUGUAAUGUGGAUAUAAUAAAUUUUAAAGCGAGAAUGAAGCACAUUAACGAAGUAAACGGUGACAGAAGAAAAGUUGUUUUAUAUAUAUAUAUAUAUAGUCGUAGCAUUAUCUAUACUGUCCUUAUAUAGGAGAGAAAAUAACUUGUGAUAUAUAUUAGUCAACUAUUCAUUAUCCAAAGCAUUUUAUAUUGACUGAAGUUAAUAAGAAUCAAAUUUACGGCUAACUUAUUAGUAACAUUUUAAAAAGCGAAAAUAUACAGCAUGCUUCACGCUAAAAUUAUCGAUAUUCGUUCAAAAUAUACUAAUUAAAAAUUUGCAAGUCAAAGCAAAAUAAUGCAUACUAUCUUGGUAUAUUCAAAUUCUUUCUAAGCAUAUAUCUUUUUUAUUUUUCUAUCUAUCUCGCUGUUCUCUACAUCAAAAAAUCAUAUGAAAUUAUCAUAGAA